AGAAAGGCAAACCGCGACAGUUAAAUUUCCAAGUCCGCUGAAGCAGUGGCCUUCACACAGUAGCUGCUGCAGAACAUUCUCCUGAAUGUAUCAGCCUCGCGACUCAACAUUUUUGCCUGGGUGUUUCUGCUGCGAAGGAGCCCAGAGCCCCCGCCCGACCCCUCGCUAGGAAUAACCUGGCAAAGACGAAAGACUACAAGUCCCAGGCUGCCUUGCGGGUGCCAUCUCGCGCCGCGAGGCUCUGCGAGGGGACGUGGCAAAGCGCGGCGAGUCCACACCGACCCCGGAAAGCCCAGGGAGGUGGCCGCAGGGGACAGGAGGGUCUGAGCCAUGGCAGCGAAGGCGGCGGGUGGGGGGCGCUGGGAGGUGGUGAAGAAGGGGCGACGGCCCGGGGCCGGCAGCAGUGGGCGAGGCGGCGGAGUGGACCGCCGGGCGCUCGGGGAGGCGAACGGAGUGUGGAAGUACAACCUGACCCCUCCCAUCCAGACGACAAGCACCCUUUACGAGAGGGGCUUCGAGAAGAUCUCAAAGAAGCAGAAUAAGGAGCAGGUUCCACCCCCUGCUGUGGAGCCCAAGAAACCCGGGAACAAAAAGCAGACUAAGAAGGCGCCGACCCUCACCAACCAAAACCAGAAGCAGGGCCGCUUCCGCAGCCUGGAGGAGGCCCUGAAAGCUCUGGACGUGGCAGCUCUACAGAAGGAACUGGACAAGAGCCAGAGUGUGUUCUCUGGGAACCCAUCCGUGUGGCUGAAGGACCUGGCCAGCUAUCUGAACUACAAGCUCCAGGCACCUCCAAGUGAACCCACACUGAGCCAGCAUACUCACGAUUAUCCCUACAGCCUGGUGAGCCGGGAGCUGCGUGGGGUCAUCCGAGGACUGCUGGCAAAGGCAGCGGGGUCUCUCGAGUUCUUUUUUGACCACUGUCUGUUCACCAUGCUGCAAGAGCUGGAUAAGACGCCAGGGGAGUCACUGCACGGUUACCGAAUCUGUAUCCAGGCUGUUCUGCAAGACAAGCCCAAGAUUGCCACCACGAACCUGGGCAAGUUCCUAGAACUGCUGAGGUCCCACCAGAACCAACCAACGAAGUGCCUGACCAUCAUGUGGGCCCUGGGUCAAGCAGGCUUUGCCAACCUCACCGAGGGACUGAGAGUGUGGCUGGGGAUCAUGCUGCCUGUGCUGGGCAUCAAGUGCCUGUCCCCCUUUGCCAUUGCAUACCUGGAUCGGCUGCUUCUGAUGCACCCCAAUCUCACCAAGGGCUUUGGCAUGAUUGGCCCUAAGGACUUCUUCCCACUUCUGGACUUCGCCUAUAUGCCCAACAACUCCCUGACACCCAGCCUGCAGGAGCAGCUGUGUCAGCUCUACCCCCGACUGAAGGUGCUGGCAUUUGGGGCGAAGCCGGAAUCCACCCUGCACAUCUACUUCCCCUCCUUCCUGUCCAGAGCCACCCCUAACUGCCCUCCAGCAAUGAAGAAAGAGCUCCUGAGCAGCCUGACCGAAUGCCUGAAGGUGGACCCCCUCAGCGCCAGUGUCUGGAGGCAGCUGUACUCUAAGCAUCUGUCACAAUCCAGUUUGCUGCUGGAGCAUUUGCUCAGGUCCUGGGAGCAGAUCCCCAAGAAGGCACAGAAGUCUCUGCAAGAAACCAUUCAAUCCUUCAGCCUCACCAACCAGGAGCUGCUGAGGAAAGGCAGCUGUAAUAACCAGGAUGUUGUCCCCUGUGACGCCGCUUGCAAGGCUCUGCUGCAGCAGGCUCAGGGCUUCCGGCGGCUGCCCUGGAUGCGGCUGCUCCUGCUGGUGCUGAUCUUUGUCGUAGGUUUCCUGUGCCACGACUUCCGGUCCCACAGCUCUUUCCAGGCCUCCCUCUCUGGCCGGUUGCUUCAGUCGUCCGGUUUCUUGCCUGCUGGCCAACAAGCGUGUGCCAAGAUCUACGCCUACAGCCUGCAAGGCUACAGCUGGCUAGAGGCGACGUUGCCGGCCUGGGGCUCUCACCUGCUGACCACGGUGAGGCCCAGCUUGCAGCUGGCCUGGACCCACAUCAACGCCACAGUCAGCUUCCUUUCUGCCCACUGUGCCUGCUUCAGUGACAGCCUCACCAUCCUCUCCCAGAGCCUCCCUGAUGUCCUGACCCAGCUGCUCCAUUCCCUGAGGGAGCUGCUCCUGCUUCUUUACCACCGCGCGCUGCUGCCGCUGUGGCACUUGCUGCUGGAGGCCCUGGCCCAGGCCCAGCAGCGCUGCCACGAGGCCUGCAGAGGUGAGGUGACCUGGGACUGCGUGAAGACACAGCUCAGCGAGGCUGCCCGCUGGACCUGGCUCUGCCUACAGGACAUCACAGUGGCUUUCUUGGACUGGGCACUUGCCACGAUAUCCCAGCAAUAGGCCCUCCCUCCUCGGCCACUGGGCUCUACCUGAGACGGGCCAUCUGAGACUGCUGGGGGCAGAGGGAGGCAGUUCUGUGUGGGGUCUUUUUCACUUGGUGCCUGAGUUCUGUCUUCUAGCCAAGUGGCCAGGUGCCUCUGCACCAGUUCUUCCGUCUUUAGGGGUUCCUGAACCGGGGGGUAUCUCGGCCUCCAACCCCCGAUUCCAGCGAACCCUUCUCUGGCCUUUUGCACAUGCAUAGCUCCCAGCCUCCACCCUCGGGCUGGCGGCCUCUCUGGCCUCGUCUCUCGUCUCCUGCCUGCCGUCUCCUUCCUGAAGCCCCAGACAGCUCCUCCCCGAAGGUGGACUCCAGCAAGUGGCUUCUGUGUUGGUUCCCGAUGAAUCGUUUCUGCUCCCAUACUUUCACCACGGCAGGAAGAGGAAAGGGACUUCCAGAAGAAGGGCACAAUGGGGCACGGCAGCAUGCAGUGUGGACACGGGGGCCUGGGUGGGAAGCCCUCUCGCCUUGAAACGCCCAGCCCAGGCCCUUCAAGGCCCUUACUGCCCUCACAUCGUCACCCGACUCCCUCGCCAUCCCUGUCAGUGCUGGGGUCCUCUGCCUCCAGAUGCUUGCUCUCCCUACUGCCUACCUUACCACCUGUCUGGAGAGCAGAGCCCAGUUAGUCGUGUGCCUCGGGCCCCGGGAACCUUCCAGCAGCCUGUCGAGGCAGGAUUCAGCAUCUGGCUCCUGGGUGUGCCUGCUAGGUAGAAUAAAGGACACAGAUUUGCUUUCUA